AUGGGGAAGGACGCCAAGAAGUCGAAAAAGUCCAAGCGAUCCAAGGAGAAGAAGGAGAAACGCAGGCGUCGUGACUCUAGUGACGACUCGAGUUCCGACGAGGAUGCACGCAAGCAGAACAAGAACGAGAAGCUGAUCCAGAGAAUUGUGGAGCAUCAGAAGAAGCACAAGAAGGUGGACUCGGAGUACACGGAUGAGGCCAAUCCCUUCGGCGACCCAAACUUCUCCAAGCCCUUUGUGUGGGGCAAGAAGAUCGAGAAGCAGAUUGCUGAGGGCGUGGAUGUCCGGGAAAUGUCGGCCAAGGCCGAGGCCAAGAGGCAUCAGAGCCGGCUGGAGGAGGCGGAGAAGGUGAAGAAGCGGCAGGAGCAGCGCGAGGCGGAGCGCGAGGCGAUGCAGGCGGAGCUGGAGAUGAUCCAGCGCGAGCGAGCCGCCGCGGAGGCGGUGGAGCUGGAGCGAAAGCAGGAGGACUUCCUGCUGGAGCAGUCCAAGAUGCGGUCCCAGGCCCGGCUGGCGGAGGGGCGGCCACGCGCCGUGGAUGCCCUUGCCGCCCUGGUGUACGACCUGCCCGGCGUCGACCCCGCCGAGCUGGACCCGGGGUCGCUGCUGUACGGCCCCGGCGCCACGCUGGGCCUGCUGCGCGAGCUGCGCGCCGACGCGGCCGCCUUCCAGGAGCUGGACCGCGUGGACGCGGGCCGGGCGGCCUUCUGGGCGGCGCUGGAGACGGUGGUGGGGGCGGGGCUGGCCGAGGCGCAGCGGGAGGAGGAGGUCGACCGGGCCAAGGCGCGGGGGGAGCCCACCCCCGCGCAGUAUGCGGUGCGCGAAGCCGGCUGGCACGGGUCCAUCGAGGCCGACGUCAGGGCCAUGCUCGCAGGCAAGACGCUGCGGGAGCUGGGGGACCUGGAGGCCCGCAUCGGUGAGCAGCUGGACUCGGGCGAGGCUGCCGACCCGGAGUACUGGCAGGCCGUGCUGACGCGGCUGAGCGUGGAGCGCGCCCGCGCCUUCCUGCGCGAGUUCCACGCCGAAAAGGUGCGGCGCAGCACCGCCGCCAUGCUGGCGGAGGUGGACGUCCCCGCGGCCAUGGGCUGGGACGGCGCCGCCCAGGAGGAGGGAGGAGGAAGGCGCGGGGGGUGA